CUCAAACCGGAAGUUUAGCUGUUGUUGUCACACUGGAAGAAAAUGGCUGCUGCUCGGACUUUUUUUCAAUGAAGACACUGAUAUUUCAAUUUCAUUUUGUUUUCUUGCGUUACGGCUACUGUCGACCGCCAUGCAAUCUCGAAGGGUGUGAAUGGUCACUCUAAGAAGGUGACAGUGUGGGGCAGAAAGGACAGCAUCUUAUACUGUCUCUCGCCUUGCAGCUGGCGGUGGACCACAAUGCAAAAAGUUUUGGAGUAUGCAUUGGAUCGAGCCGAGUACAUUGUCGAAAGUGCUCGACAGCGACCAGCCAAAAGAAGAACUUCGUCUAGCGGGAAGAAGAGUUUGUACCAGAAGCUCUAUGAGCUUUAUGUGGAGGAAUGUGAAAAAGAGCCAGAGUUAAAGAAUCUGAGAAGAAAUGUGAAUCUACUGGAAAAGCUCGUGUCUCAGGAGUCUCUGUCAUCUCUGGUAGUCAACCUGUACCCUGGGAAUGAAGGCUAUUCCUUAAUGCUCAGGGGCAAAAAUGGAUCUGAUUCUGAAACCAUCCGCCUGCCGUAUGAAGAAAGAGAGCUUCUGGAGUUCCUGGAUGCUGAAGAAUUACCUCCCGUUCUGGUGGAUCUGUUGGAGAAAUCACAGAUGAACAUCUUUCAUUGUGGCUGUGUGAUAGUAGAGGUGAGAGACUACAGACAAGCCGGUAAUACCAAGAUUCCCACCUAUCAGAGCAGGCACAUCCUGCUACGGCCAACCAUGCAGACUCUAAUCUGUGAUGUUCAUGCCAUGACCAGUGACCACCACAAGUGGACGCAGGAUGACAAACUGCAGCUGGAGAGUCAGUUGAUUUUGGCCACAGCUGAACCUCUGUGCCUGGACCCUUCCAUUUCUGUGACUUGCACAGCCAACCGCCUGCUCUACAACAAACAGAAAAUGAACACUCGCUCUAUGAAACGGUGUUUUAAGAGGCACUCUCGAGCUGCCCUGAACAGGCAGCAGGAGUUGUCCCAACUGCCCGUGCCUCCACAGCUACGACUUUACGACUACCUACAGCGGAGGAAGGAGAGGAAACCCACUCCUGGCAUCGACCUCAAAAUAUCAAAGGUUGGAAAUUGUGUUGACAUGUGGAAGCAGAACAACUGCCAACUAACUGUUCCAAAGGAGAUUGAUGUGGAAAAGUAUGCUGUUGUUGAGAAGCCUUUGCAGUUACAAGACACAACCAUGAUCUGGCCUGCUGAGGAAGUCAUAGACGACUACACGUUUGAGUGUGAAGUGGGAGGCCAAGCUCAAAAGACCAAGGUGUCAAUCUUCCAGUCAAAAGGAGACCCGCUGGUGUACGGGAAGAUCUACUGUGCAAAGGACAGGAAAGCAGAGGAGGACAGCACCGACCUGAAGCUCAUUCAUCCGCCUUUCCUCAUUGGGUCAAAGAUCGAUGCAGAGAAGUUUCUUACUCAGUACAAAGAGGUGUAUGAGAGAGAUGUGAAGUGUCAGGUCAAGAUGUCCCAUAACUCAGGCAGCGUAGGACAAGGGCCUCCCUCCCCCAGCAAAGAUGAGGGUGAUGGUAUUUCUUCGCUCGUACAGACGCCUGUGCUCGGGAAAUCGGUGAAGCACCGGCCCCCUCCCAUUAAACUGCCUUCAGGGUCAGGCAGCAGUUCCUCAGGUAAUCUUUUGAGUUCACAAACUACCAGUGGUUUACUCAAGUGUCCUACGCCACCGCCGCCUCCCGCCAAAAGCCAGUCUCUGAGCAGGAAGCACUCCCUGGAGCUGGGCCAGGUGGGCCUGCUGUCACCUGCCUCCCUCUCUCCAAUGGGCUCCACGCAGAGAUCAGGAACGCCCAAGCCUUCUACGCCCACACCCACCAACACGCCGUGCUCAACCCCUCAUCCCACCGACUCUCUCUCUGCUCCCCCCUCAGUGACCCCCACUCCGUCAGACUCCGCCAUCGUCCAGAGCCAGUCCCAACCCCCCCUCCUUGCACCUUUUGCCCAGCAGCAGUUGGCUCUGAGCCAGCCCCUGCCUGUCAUGACCAUCCCUCUGCCCACCAUGGGCACGUCUAUCACCACGGGAACCAGCUCGUCGCAGGUCAUGGCCAACCCAGCUGGGCUGAAUUUUAUCAAUGUGGUCAGCUCCGUCUGUAGUCCUCAGACUCUGAUGAGCGGCUCCAGCCCCAUGCUGGGUACUGGGCUUAACCUGAGUGGAAUCCUUCCAUCUGGAGGGUUGAUGCCCACCAUGCAGUCUGCAGCCCCGACCGGGAGUCAUUUUGGUCUGAACAGCGGUGCUGGGCUAAGACCACUGAACCUUCUACAGAUCCCCACGGGUCCUUACAUCUUUAACUCUCUGCAGCAGCAGCAGCUGUCCCAGUUCUCCCCUCAGCAAAGUCAGUCAGCCACAUCCAGUCCUCAGCAGCAGGGGGAGAUGAGCGACCAAGGAUCAGAUCAGAGUUUAGGAAACCAGCAAACCGCUGUCAUCAACCUGGGGGUCGGGGGCUUCAUGUCUCCUCAGGCACCAGUGCUGUCCCAGUUGGGCUGUGGGCUGGACGGGUCUGGGCCCCCGCUGCCUUCUUCAAGGCUUCAGCAGCAGCACCAGCCACAGAUCCAAUUGCAAUUCUUGCAGCACCAAAUGCAGCAGCAGCAAAUGGCUAUGGGAGCAGCAGCUCCUCUGGGGGGAGCGCCACGGCAACAUACCGCCAGUCAACCAAGAAGUAAGAGGAAACGGAGCACGCCGCAGCCUCACCCUAAAUCAUAGCAGACUGGGGUCACACUAAAGCCCCUCCCCCGGCUGCACAAGGACAUGAAUGAUCGAUACUGUGCUCAUUGUCUGCCUCGCUUUGGAGAUGGCAGUAAAAACAAAUAAAAAAAGACUUUUUUUCUAACAGAAAAAUUUUUAUGAUUUGGUUCUCAGAUGUUUUCUGAAAACCAAACCUUUGUCCACUGUGGGGGAACUGGUUUCUACAGCAGGAAGCCCGAAGCUCUAAGAGCCUUGGUGAUAUUUUUUUUCAGAUGAUCAAGAAGAAGACGGGUCUUGUAGGUAACGAGCUUCCACGGUUACAUAUUUCUACUUUCGGAAGACUUUUCUCUGCCGAGGCCCUGUGGAGUGAGAGGACAUUUUAAAGAGAAUUUCGCAUGAGGCUGCCCUUUAAGCACAGAUUAGCAACACC